AUGCCUGAAGUGUGGAAAGUUAGAGUCAUCUUUGAAGAUGCCUUGCUGGUGGACUUUCAUCUUUCAAACAGAACUUGCAUUUUACUUAUUUCCGAAGCAGAUUUGGUUGCAGGGGAUGAAUAACGAAGAUUGGUUAGGUUUAGAAAUGCCAGCAGUCUUAGGGGAAUUGUAAUCGUAGAGAAAACAAUCAGUGGUCAGUACUACCUAGGAGUACAAAAACUUGUUGUACUCGAACUUGGAAUGGUGUUGCUUCCUGUGGCCAAUCAAGGAGAAGCUUCUCAGCUUAUUAUUCAACUAGUGCGGGAGCAGAGCAGGGAUGGCGGCGCCAACCCCUUCCUUGGCAAGCGGCGCGCUCAGCUGGCAGGAGCCGCAGUGCUCCAGGCGGUGCAGCACAUCCCCGGCGUUGGCAAAGCAAAAGCUCUGCUCUUACUGCAGCGCUUUGGAAGCGUCCAUCGGCUUUGUAACGCGGCCAUCCACGAGCUUGAGCAAGCGCUUGGACAAGCAGUAGCACAACAAAUUUAUACUUUUUUGCAUUCCUGACGUGCACGUGCAGUGGUAUUUUGCAAAACUUGGGUUUUUUCUUCUGAAUGAUAAAAGUUUGGUUUUAAUAUUAAAUCAGAAGAUGCUGAUUUCUGUAAUCAUGGCUAGCAGCAACUGGACUCUGAUGCUUCUUUUUUAACAUCUGCUCUGUUCAUAUAGAUUAAGCUGUGCAAAUUGCCUUGGACAGAAGUCUGUAUUUUGCAUCUAUCUGGAACAAAUAAAAACCAAGCAAGCUGUCUUUUUCAA